AUGCUACUUGAGGGUGGGUGGGUGCUGGGACUCUGGAGGGCCACGGAGGCCUGGUGUGCUCUGGUAAAGACCCCCUGUGUCUCUCCACUUUUGUCCCCUCUCCGACCCCAGGAGUGUGCAGCUCUCGCUGCAGAGCUCCACACCUGCAGGGAGCAGCUCGUGCAGAGAGAGGAGGAGAUCGCCAACCUGAAGGCGGAGAGAAACAACACCAGGGUGCUCCUGGAACACUUGGAGUUCCUAAUCUGCAGACACGAGAGAUCUCUCAGGAGAACAUUGGUGAGGCGACAGGCAAAGACUCAGGCCGGUGUGUCCAGUGAGGUGGAGGUGCUCAAGGUCCUCAAGUCCAUAUUGGACAACGACCAAACGGAGGAUGAAACGGUGAGAGAGCAGUUACGUGUGGCACUGGAGGGGUGUAGUUUCGUAGAAGAAGAAUUAGGGGCCACACGCAGAGUUCAGCUCCAGACAUCAUCACAGGAUUUGAUUGGAGGGGGUUUCCUUUUUAUGCAUUUUUCCAAGGUGCAGAGCCAGAUGAAAGAGCUCCUGGCUACCCUGUGCACUCUCAUGGCCAAGCUGGAAGAGGACCUAGCCAUAUCAAGGAAAGACCUCAUCCGUUCUGAAGCAAUGAACAGCAUAUUACAAAGAGAUGUCCGUGAAGCCAUGGCCCAGAAGGAAGACAUGCAAGAGAGGAUCACUACCCUUGAGAAAUGCUGCCUCAGGGCACAGCAGGAAGCCACCUCUCUGCAGGACCUCAAGGAUAAACUUGAAAACGAGAUCGCAAAGAAGGACUCUCUGCAUCGACAGACUGCGGAUCAAAACCGCCAGUUGCAAGAGCGCCUGGAGGUGGCGGAGCGGAAGCUGCAGCAGACCCCGAGGAAGGCCAAGUCGCUGCCCGAGGUGGAAGCCGAGCCGGCCCAGAGGGUGGCCACCCUCUGCAAGGCCGAGCAGAGGCGUGGCAACAUCGAGGAAAGGCUGCGCCAGAUGGAGGCCCAGCUGGAGGAAAAGAACCAAGAACUGCAGCGGGUAAGGCAGAGAGAAAAAAUGAAUGAAGAGACUAAUAAAUGUCUGUCGGGCACUAUUGACCAGCUCCUUUCCGAAUCUGACGAGCGUCUUCAGCGUCAUCUUAAGGAGAGAAUGGCUGCUGUGGAAGAUAAGAAGUCUCCGUUAGGAGAAGUGGGCAAUCUGAAAAAACAGUUACAAGAAACGCAACGUGAGAAGGAUCGGCUUCUACAGAGCAUGGAAGCACUGAGGGCUGAAUUAAAGCGGGCAAGACUGAGAGGCUCUUCGCUUCACCACGGGCGGACGCACGUCAGCAGCAUCCCAGCUUCCAGGUUCCGUCUGGCGGACAGCCCCACGGAUGCCAGCAGCAGCAGCAGCAGCAGCGCGGUGUUGCAGCGCCGCCGGAAAGGCCGUGUGGCCCGUCUGCGACAUGAGCCUUCCAAGGCAAGGAUCUCCAUCCUCUGGGGGCUCUCGUGGGACCCACCUGCCAGCUCCAAUGUCACCUGCCUUUUCCUGUCUGUGAGGCUCUUCUGGAACUAA